AUGCCUGAUGGUGACCCCCAUCUAAUCGACAUUCCUAUCGAGAGCAGUAGGCUUAUCCUUAAUCGGCAUAUCCUUGCCCGUCGUACUCUUGUACUGGCCGCGAAUGAAGUCGGAGAUCUGCUCGUCCUUGGCCUGCUCGACGGCGCUCUCGUUGUUCUGCGCGCCUUGACCCAUGAACUUCUCUUGGACGUAGUCGAUGCCCUUGUCCAGGUAGUCCUCGUUCUUCUCGCUCUCUGGACCUCCGCCAGCUGCGCCGUGGGCCUUGUUCAUGAUGCCGUCGAGGAAGCCGCCGCCUCCGCUGCUGCUGCCUUGCUGCUGUUGCUCUGGGUUUCCACCUUGCUGACCCUGCUGACCCUGCUGCUGGUUGUUGUUGUUGUUGUUGUUUCCGCCGCCGAGGGAGCCUGCCGCGUUCUUGAGGAAGUCCAUGGUGGGUGGUUGAUUGGAGUGAGCUGUCUGUCGUAG